AUGUCGCAGCCGCCCCCGGGGCGGGGCCGCGCGCGCGCGCCCUCCCCCUCCUCCCUGCACUACCGGCCCCCCUCCCCCUGGGCGCCGAGCCCGCCCCCGCUGAUCUCAGGGCCGCGCCACUCCACCGCGCUCGUCUCACCGCCGCCAGUGCAGCCUUCGCCGAAACCCUUCAGGCCGCUCCAGUCGCCCCACUCCUUCCGGGCGCACUCCCCCUCGCCUAGCUCCCACUUCUCCAUCUCCCCCUACCCGAUGUCCCCCACGCUGGGCCACAGCCCCGAGUACUACUAUUCCUCGCCGUACGAGCCGAUCCGCGAGUACGACUACGCGGGCGCCCCCCUCGAACCCCCGCCGCCCCCCCGGCCGAUGAUAUACGAGGAGGAGGAGGAGCGAGGGCCCUCGACCGCGGAGAUCAUCGCCAACCAGUCGCAGGAGGGCUACGUGGACGAGAAACUAGCUGAGUACCAGGCGACGAUUCAACUGCUACAAGACGCCGUAGCUUUC